AUGGCGUCCGCAGAAGAGGUUCCUCGCAAGCUCUGGGAGCAUCCCAACCCUAGGGCUACAGAGAUGUGGGCAUUCAAGGAAAAGUUGGAGAAAGAAAAGGGCCUCAGUUUUCCGACAUACUAUGACUUUCACGCCUGGUCAGUCAAGAACCGCGCUGCCUUUUGGGACUUCACCUGGAAGUAUUUCCCCAUCAUUCAUGAAGGCUCUUACACCUCCGUUGUCGAUGAGUCUGCUCGGAUCGAUAGCAUUCCCAGCUGGUUUGAAGGCAUCCAACUCAACUUCGCCGAGAACAUGCUUUUCACCGCUGAAAAGGCACCAGAUGGAACUCACUACAUCACGACGACUGGCAAAGAAGACAGCAAGAUCGUCGCAACACAAGUCCGUGAGGGGGCGGCGGAACCCGCCAUCUCCAUUACAUGGUCUCAGCUGAGGCAGCGGACGGGGAAGCUGCUGCAGGCACUCAAGGUUGCUGGGGUGACAAAAGGAGAUCGGAUUGCCAUUGUUGCAAGUAACAGCAUCGACACCAUGGUUGUAUUUCUGGCGACCACUGCCCUCGGGGCUUUAUUCUCCUCUGCUUCCACGGACACAGGUGUCAAGGGCAUCCUAGACCGUCUCGUCCAGAUCAAGCCAAAGUACGUGUUCUUCGACGACGCUGCCGUCUACAACGGAAAGCACAUCGAUCUCCGGUCAAAGAUCACCGACGUCGUCAACGGCCUCCAGGAUACCGUCGAGUUCAGAAACAUUAUCGCCCUACCCCGAUUUCUAGAACGCCCAGUGGACGUGAGCGGGAUCCCCAAGACCCAGCCUCUGGCACAAUUACUUGCUACAGCACCCUCCGACAAACUAGAGUUCACCCGCGUUGGCUUCCGGGACCCAUUCCUGGUAGCUUUCUCAUCAGGUACAACUGGGAAACCAAAGCCAAUUGUCCAUGGCGUCGGCGGCUACCUUCUCAACUCGAGCAAAGAAGCCCGACUGCACCGCCGCCAUGGUCCUAACUCCGUAACCCUCCAAUACACCACGACAGGCUGGAUCAUGUACAUGUCAGCCAUAUCCGGUCUGCUCUACGGUGGAAGCACCAUCCUCUAUGACGGUAGUCCAUUUAUCCCCGGGCCGAGAGUCCUCAUUCAACUCAUCAGCAAGUACAAAGUCACCCAUUUCGGCACGUCUCCUCGUUAUUUCCACGAGCUCCGCAAGAACAACAUUCGCCCGCGCGAGGAAGAAGACCUGAGCAGUCUGCAAGUCGUCACAAGUACAGGCAUGGUCCUCCCAGAGUCCCUCUUCGAGUGGUUCUACGACGAGGGCUUCCCAGCGCAGGCGCAAUUAGCCAAUAUCUCCGGUGGAACAGACCUCGCAGCGUGCUUUGGGCUUGAGAACCCACUUACUCCGCUGUACGUUGGAGGUUGCCAGGGCCUCCCACUGGGCAUCGCGGUUGAAGUAUACGACCAAGCCGACGAAGGCGCCUCGGGCGUGAAAGGAACACCGGUCCCCGACGGCGUCCCUGGGGAGCUCGUCGCAACAUCUGCUUUCCCUACCAUGCCCGUCAAGUUCCUAGGCGACGACGGCCCCCAGAAAUAUUUUGAUUCCUACUUUGCUCGAUUCGACAACGUCUGGACCCACGGCGACUUCAUCUCCAUCCACCCAACAACCAAACAAAUAUUCUUUCUCGGCCGCUCCGACGGUGUUCUCAACCCCUCCGGAAUCCGUUUCGGCUCCGCCGAAAUCUACAACGUGCUCGAAACCCAAUUCACCACCGAAGUCGCCGACUCGCUGUGCGUCGGCCAGCGCCGACCACAGGAUACCGACGAGACUGUGCUUCUCUUCUUACUCAUGCGGCCCGGGUAUCAGCUCACGGGGGAGCUUGUGGCGAGGGUUAAGGAGGCGAUUCGGCGGGCGUUGAGUGCGCGACAUGUGCCGAAGUAUGUGUUUGAGACGCCAGCGAUUCCGACGACGGUGAAUCUGAAGAAGGUUGAAUUGCCUGUUAAGCAGAUUGUUUCUGGGAAGAAGAUCAAGGCGUCCGGGACGUUGUUGAAUCCGGAAAGUUUGGAGUAUUAUUAUCGGUUUGUGGAUGUGGAGGGGUUGGUUGGGGUUAAGAGUAAGCUUUGAGGUGCUGAUAGAGUAUACAUGUCUCGAUGGGACGGGGUGGCGAGAUGUUGGUGCGCCAAAGGGGCUAACUGCACAGGCGCGUAGUCUCAGUAGAGGUAGAUAAAGAUGGGAUCGCUAGAAUCAUAAUUCUGAUACUCAAUAUCGAAUGAUACCGAUUGGCC